CUUUCUUUCUUUAUUUAUUUUUUCUUAUAGACAAAGUUUUGGAGUUUAAAGUUUCCUAGAAAAUGUUAGCAAACCGGCUCUGCUCGCAAGUUUCAGUCAGGUCGACGUCAGUGACCGGUUGUCUUCAUACCGGCGGUCGGUGGCUCUCCGGAUAAAACGGAGAUUCUGUUCGUUCGCGCGGUCAAGGGCACGGCCCGAGGGGAAAGCCUGCAUUAUGCUAAGAGUGGUCACCAGCACCAGAUAUCGUCACAGUCCUGAUUAUUGGCCUUGGAGCAGUUUUCUACUGAGACAGUGAUGAUGAUGGUGGAACUGAGGAAGUUCCAACAGAUUGAGCCCACAGGAAACUGAGAAACGAGUCUUUGAAAACAAAACAGAAAGGUGGUUGCCUAAGUGAUGGAUGGAGGUUUGUCAGAGGGUGCGGAACCCAGGCUGGGAGGAGAGGAGGGAGAGGUGCCCGCGGAAGAGACGCCCCCCAUGGACAUUGUGGCCACGCCUACAGUGGAGAGCACAGCCACAGAGACAGGGCCUGACAGCGCCAGCAGUCCUACCCCCACCCCCGCGACCUCUGACCCCCCCAGGGUCCCCACGGUCGAUGAUGACGAUGUGCUGCUGGUGGAGGCCCCGCCCUCCAGCAAAGAUCCAGGCCCCACUCCCACACCCGCACCCCAAACUGAUGCCCCCACAGAAGCCCCUUCACCUAAACCCACGGACUCUGCUGAGGAGAGCACCACGGCGGCCUCUACCACACACACCCCCACCAAGACCCCAACUCCCCCUCCCUCUCCCCCUCCACCCUCUACCUCUCCCUCUCCUAACUCCUCCACUCCACCUGAUUCCACAGCACCAGGUAAACGCCAAGGGGAGCCUAUUGUGAUCGACGACGAGGAAGACUCCGCAGAGCGGAAGAACUCCUCCUCAGCUCUGAGCAGCACAGAGCCUGAUUCAGAGAUCAAGAUCGCCAAUGUCACCACCCUGGGCGUGACCUCUGCCGCCAGCUCUGUCCCACCCCUCAAUGAUGAGGCCACCCCCACUUCUGCUGUCGCCACAGCAACCGUGGAGGAGCCGGCUGGGGGACCCACGCAGGGGGACAUGAACUUGAAGAUCACUAGCGUGACGUCGCUGCAGAAGGGCGGGGCUGGGGCAGGGUCGGGGGAGGAGAACGGUCUGCAGAUCAGUGGGACCUUCAGUCUGAACCCCGAGGCACAGGGCACCCCCUCUGAUCUCUCCACCUCCAAGACCCCCACAUUCAACCCUGGCCGAGUUAGCACAGCCCACGAACCAGUCCAGAAUGGGGAGACCAGCACACUGCAGAGACCUGAUUCCUGCAUAUCCCAGUCAGCUUCUUUCCCUCGGAACCAGAAGCAGCCGGGAGUGGACUCCCCAGCUCCAGCCGCCUCCCUGCCCAAACCGGUAGCCUCCUCCUCAGGCUCGGCCCCUCAGCCGGGCCCCAGGACUGUGAAGGUCACGUGCGCCAACUGCAGGAAACCCCUGAAGAAGGGACAGACCGCCUACCAGCGCAAAGGCUCCGCCCACCUCUUCUGCUCUACCACCUGCCUCUCCUCCUUCUCCCACAAGCCCGCCCCCAAGAAGAACUGUACCAUGUGCAAGAAGGACAUCACCAGCAUGAAAGGCACCAUCGUGGCUCAGGUGGACUCCAGUGAGACGUUCCAGGAGUUCUGCAGCACAGGCUGCCUGGCAUCCUAUGAGAGCAAGCAGAACCCGCCCAAAACGGCCGUCCGGACCAAGUGCACCGUGUGCGGGAAGAUGACCGAGAUUCGGCACGAGGUCAGCUUCAAGAAUGUCACCCACAAGAUCUGCAGCGACAUGUGCUUCAACCGCUACCGCAUGGCUAACGGGCUAAUCAUGAACUGCUGUGAGCAGUGCGGGGACUACCUGCCCAGCAAGGCCUCCGCCAACCACUUCCUGGUGAUUGACGGCCAGCAGAAGCGCUUCUGCUCCCAGAACUGCGUCAGGGACUACAAGCAGACUCAUGGGAAGAUGACUCACUGCACCGGGUGCCGCGCCGCGUGCCGCUCGUUCGACGUGACGCACUGCAUCGGGCCCAGCGGCGCCAUGGAGCCGUACUGCUCCACUGCCUGCAUGGCCAAGAACAAGAGCACUAGCAACGUAGUCAGCGCCAUCACCAACACCGUCAAGCAAGAGAUCCAACCAGUCCCACCAGCCAACCAGCCCACCCAGUGCUGUGCAGCAGAGCCCACUUGUCAUUUCUGUAAGAGGAGUUCCCUGCCACAGUACCAGGCUACGCUCCCUGAGGGCACUGUCUAUAACUUCUGCAGCUCCAGCUGUGUAACUAAGUUCCAGAGUGCAAACAUGCAGACCCUGAAUGGGCAGACCGUGGCCUCCGCGCCCAGCGGAGUUCAGCUGAAAUGCAACUACUGCCGGGGUGCCUUCAGCCUAAAGCCUCAGGUCCUGGAGUGGGAGAAUAAAGUGUAUCAGUUCUGCAGCAAGACCUGCUGCGACGAUUACAAGAAGCUGCACUGCAUCGUGACCUUCUGCGAGUACUGCCAGGAGGAGAGGACGCUGCACGAGACCGUCAGCUUCUCAGGGGUCAAGAGGCCUUUCUGCAGUGAGGGCUGCAAGCUGCUGUACAAGCAGGACUUUGCGCGGCGACUGGGUCUGAAGUGCGUCACGUGCAACUACUGCACCCAGAUGUGCAAGAGAGGCGUGACCAAGCAGGUGGACGAUGUGCAGCGGGACUUCUGCAGUGAGGCCUGUGCAAAAAAGUUCAACGACUGGUACUACAAAGCAUUGCGCUGUGACUGCUGUAAGCUGCAGGGGAACCUGACGGAGUCGGUGCAGUGGAGAGCCGAGAUGAAGCACUUCUGUGACCAGCAGUGUCUCCUGCGUUUCUACUGCCAGCAAAACCAACCCAACCUCUGCACUCAAAAGGGCCCUGAGAACAUGGCCCUGGGGUAUGGAGCACAGCUGACAGCAGCCAAAACCACGAUAUUUAACCAGGCGGUUGUGUCAUCAUUUGCUGGAGGGAUGUUGAAAGAUGUGAAGAACAAGGCGGUGCUCUGCAAACCCCUCACCAUGACCAAGGCCACAUACUGCAAACCACACAUGCAGAGCAAGCACUGCCAGACAGAGGAGUUGGUGAAGAAGGAGUAUGUUCCCGUCCCCAUCCCUGUCCCAGUUUACGUUCCUGUGCCCAUGAACCUGUACACACAGGCCACGCCCACUUCUGUCACACUACCUGUCCCGGUGCCCGUGCCAGUGUUCUUGCCCACCACCCUGAGCAACGCGGAGCAGAUCCUGCACACCAUCUCUGAGCUGAAGACCAAAGUCCCUGCUGACCCUCUGGAGGCAGACCUGCUCACCAUGGCCGAGAUGAUCGCAGAGGCCGACGAUGAGAAACCCAACCUCACAGGUGUGAAACGUGAACGUGUGGAAAAAGAGGACAUAAAGAGUGAGAGUGAGGAAGAGGAGGGGCAGGAAGGAGCAGAUAACUCCUACCAACACGAAUUGGACCUGGAGGAGGACUUCCCCCAAGCUCCUGUUCUGCUCCCUGCCGUUGAGGGUUUGGAGACUGAAAUGGGACUUGCCCUGCCUUUGGGUCCGGAGGCAAUUAAAGAGGAGAAGCCUCGGCCCUCGGUCAGAAAGAAAGGACACAAGAGGAGGGCAGUGGAGAGGGAUGCCCCAUCAGACCCCACACCUGAAGCCCUACCAGAGGGAGAAGGAAAUCCCUGUUCCUUCCCCCUAAAGGCCAGGUAUGGGCUGAACGCCUGGAGGAGAUGGGUUCUGACCUCAACUGAAAAACCCCUGGAUGAAAAAGGCAAGGAUCAGUUGAGGGUUAAGCCGGUACGGUUGAAGAGGAGCUUGCUGUCCCUUAGCGUGGCGGAGCUGAACUGCGGCCUCGCCCGUUUCGUUAGUGAGGUGCGCCGGCCUAAUGGGGAGAGCUACGCACCCGACAGCAUCUUCUAUCUCUGCCUAGGCAUCCAGCAGCAUCUGCGUGACAAUGGAAGAACAGAUGACAUCUUCAGUGACCCCGCCUACCACCGCUUUGGACAGGAACUAAACAAAGUCUUGAAGGGCUGGCAGCCUACUGUUCUUCCUGAUGGCUCCCUCUGGGGUCGGGUGGAGGAGCAGGCCCUGUGGAGCUGCAGCCAGCUGGGCCAGGACUCCCCCGCCGCCCUGCUGCGCUCUCUGGUCUACCUCAACACCAAGUACUUGGGCCUGAGGACCGUGGAGCAGCACCUACGCCUCUCCUUCAGCAACGUCUAUGGCCUUCGCAAAAUGAACCCCUACACCAAGGAGCUCUCCAUCUGCCUCCGCAUACCUUCCAUCUCACCGGAACAGCAAGUAAAACCAGGGACAAGGAAGAGAAAACGCAAAGAGGAAGACGAUGAUCCAGACUAUUCCCCAGACAAUGACUCAGGGAGCUGUCCGGUGAAGAAGAAUGAGUGUCUUUUAUAUGAGCUCUACCUCUCCAAGUGCCCAGCAGCUCUGAAGCACAGGACGGAUGUGUUCUACAUGAAACCAGAAAUCUCCAGCAGUUCAGAUAGCCCCCUCUGGUACAGCUCCACCCCCUUAGGGAACACCGCCCUGGAGAGCAUCCUCACCCGAAUCCUGCUGAUUAAGGAUAUCUACAACAGACGGGACCCUUUGGAGGAGGAGGGGGAGGAAGAAGAAGAGAGGGAGGAGGAAGAGGCCAAGGACAGCAAAGAAUAGCAUCAGCCCCUCUCCUCCUUCUGGGAGCUCAAUCUCAGCAGUACUGCACAAUGCUCCCCGCUAUUUAACCUCCAGCAAACUGAUAUCCAAUCAGUGCUAAACCAGCAGCUGUCGGGGUUGGGAGGAAGGUCGGUCUCUCUCUCUCUCUCUCUCUCUCUCUCUCUCUCUCUCGUGCAGUGGAGUGGGGUGGAACUUGACAGUUUAUGGCUGUUGUUUUUUUUUUUUGUUCCUUCACCCUCCCCUUCUUCUUCAGCUUUGGGCAAAUGCAGACCCCUGAUGUAGCAUCUGUCACUACGCCCGAUUGGAGGAACUUUGUGUGUGUAAAUACUUUGGGAAAAGGGAGGAGGAAAGCGGAAGUGGUUUGAUGCUGAGACUCUUAAAUUCUCGUUUAUAAAGGCCCUUUAUUUAUUACUGAUUGGUUUGGAUUUUUUGGAGGCUGGGGUUUCCCAGAAUGCCCCAUGGGACGUAGCAUCUGAGUGGGAAUGUGCCAUGUGUACCUUUUCUUUCCUCCUAUGAACAUUAAACCUGCAGCUACUGUAAACUACAGCC